UGUCCGGCAGUUAUGUGAUGUGAGUGCGCGGUGUUCGGCACCCCCUUCCACCAAUCCCAGGAUAAAAUUGAAUACGGGAUAAAUACCGGAGAACUUCCUCCGUCCUUAACUCCAGAACUGUUGCGUCGGUGAUUAUUCAGUUUAUAAUGUCUGAUCCGGAUGAGAUUGCUAAAUUGGUGGACGGGGCUUAUAAGAAUAUUCUCGAAAAAUUUAAUCCUUGUGCUAGGCAACUAAUAUCAGCUGGGAAGGCUUAUCUGAAAUCUCUGCAUGGUGCAGUAGCAUGUUCUAAAACGUACUUAGAAAGUAUAACAAAGUUAGCCAGACAUGCGCAUCAAGGCACAUGGGGAGGAUCUACUGAUAUUGGUACAGCUUUGAUGCAGCUCGUUGAAGUUCAUAAAGAAAUACACGCUCAACAAACUAAUAUUCUGAAAGCCUUCUAUGUAGACCUUCUACUUCCUUUGGAAUCUAAUCUUGAAAAAGACACAAAAGUAGUAGCGGGUGAGCACAAGCGAUUCCUUCAGCAACACAAGUGUCACCACGAUUCCUAUCAGAAAGCUCUCGGCAUGUGUAAGAAACAGAAGAAAAGAAGUAGGACGAGUUUCUGUAGCAUCGGCAAAGACGUCAAACAAUUACAUGCCUUGGAGGACGAAAAAAAGAAAUUGGAUGUUUUCUGUGAGCAGAGCCUGAAACAAGCGAUCACUCAAGAACGCAGACGAUAUGGGUUCGUUCUAGAACGCCAGUGUUCCCUAGCUAAGCACUACUUGGCCUAUCAUACGAAGGGUCAAACGGUGCUUCAGCAUAAUCUAGACCAAUGGUUAGAAAUAGUUAAAACAAGAGAGUUCCUUCCAGAGUCCAUAGAAAAGAUUUUUGAUGGCAGUGAUGUGUGCAAGCCGGGUAGUGAGUAUGCCAGUUCCAACAUAAUUUUAAGCCCAAUGUCAUGCCAACAAAACCUGAGUUGCACAACAUCUCCAAACAUCGGUAUGCGCAAAACACAAAGCAUAGAUUCCAGCUACCUAGACCUAAGAGAUUAUCAAGACGCACCUUAUCCUAGACCCCUGUCAAGAGCCAAGUCAGAUUUCAAUCUAACGUCUUCUAGUGCCAGCCUAGUGUCAAGUAGCGACUACAGUUCUUCACUCAGAGCAAAGAAUAUGGCUUCGGUGAGAUCCAAGUCCUCCAAUUGUCACGUAAGAGCCCUUUAUUCUUAUUUGUCAAGUGGGGAACACCAAUUGAGCUUCCAUGAAGGCGAUGUGAUUGUCCUUAUAGGAGAACGAAACAAAGGGUGGCAGUACGGAGAAAACCUCAGAAAUCACAGAGUAGGUUGGUUUCCAAUUGCUUACACCGAGCCUAUCCUAGACAGCUCCGAAAGUGAAGAACAAAGUAGUGGAAGCCCCGACAGGAGCCAGUGGGGAGAAAAGUCCGAAUCAGGAUUGACAUCAUCUCCCUUUUUACGGAAUGUCCGAAGGCCCUCUAGUAGUUACACCCUCAGUGCUCAUGCUCUGCCUCCAGACCAAGAUGCGGUCGCAAUCACCAAUGGAAAAUGCGGCAGACCCCAUUCAACAUUCACAGAUAGUCCAUUAUUUCCAGCCAAGGACCUCAUUCCAAAGGCCACUCCAGUGAAAUCCCUUCAGCCUCCUCGGACACCAUUACACGAUUCAAAUCAUCAAAGCGGGACGAAUUCUGUUCAACCUACAUAUGCUUCCAUCAAGUUCCACCAUCCACCUCUUAAGGAAUUGCAAGAGACUCCUCAAAUAUUCCGAUCCCCGAGGAGGUCACUGACAGCCCCCUUUCCAAUAUCUGUGCCACCUCCGAAUUUGCCAGCAUCCCUCCACAGCAGCAACGACAGUGGUUUUUGUAAUGAUGCGAAUGGCGGUCACUGUCAGUCCAGUCCUACACCCUCCACGCAGUGUGACAGUCACGCAUCAGAUGAAACUGCUGUAGCUGAAGCAGACGCCAGGGAUAACAUGUUUGCAAGUGUAAAAUUACGGAAAGUGGUCACAAAUGAUAGAUCCGCUCCAAUGAUAUCAUAACUAAGUAGAAAAUAUUAAGUAUGGAACUAAAUAUAAAUCCCACCUUUCAAAGGACUCGGACAUCUUCCUCAACGCAUGGCUGGUCAUCAGUUCAAUCUCUUAUCAGCAAAAACUGUCGUUUUAUUUUAUUGUUAUCAUUAUGUUUUGUGAGACAGGUUCAGUUUCAGAAGGUUUUUGAUGGUUUUCACUAGUACUUUUUUGGGAUAACAGAAAAGAAAUCUUUGACAACUAACACAAUUGAUAUGUAAGUAUCGUUGAGCAAUUCCAUCACAUUUAUUACGUCCGUAAAAGUCAGUUCUUAAUUUUUUAAGAAUUUUUAAAUUCAUCAAAGUUUUAAAAAAAAAUGCUAAAUGUUAGUAAAACCAAGAGUUAUUUUGGCAAGAACAUCUUAAACUACUUAACAUUUUCUGUUUGCAUACUAAUUCUGCAGAUCUUAUGUCAGCAAUGAUGUAAUUGCUCUGUUUUAUGCAGUUGUAAGAAGAAAUUUACAUUACAAUAAAGAAGUGAUUAUUGUGCUACAAAGAAGUAUUCUAAUCAGGUACUACAUUUGAAAUAGAUGGGGGGGGAGAGUAUUAUAUGCACUUUUUACAAAUUUGCCAGAAAAACAUUGCAAUCAUUAUUUAGAACAUAUCAUUAGAACAUUUUUUAUUGUACGGUUAUCUUUAUUUUGAAGAAAACGUGUACGAAUUUGAAUAUACACUUUUUUGUAAUCUUUCAUUUUUAAAAAUUAUGUUUUUGUCUAUACUAGUCCCAUCAGACGAGCCUAGUGCAAAUAUGUGAUAGGGCUGACUUGGGAUGUGCAGACAAGUCAUAAAACUAAUAAUGUAAACUAGUGUUACUCAUAAACAAGUAAUUAAAACAAAAGUGGGACUCAUUUAAUAUUUACGUUUAAUAUUUAGUAUGGUUUUCUUUAUAUACUGUUUAGAAACAUCUUUCUUCAAAAUGCAAGUUAAAAUUUCUUUGCCGCACAAUUUUUUCUAGGGAAAAAAAACUAGCUUGUUUUAUACGUCGAAAUUUAAUCAACAGGUGAUAUCAGUGUAAUUAGCAACAAAAUAAAUACGAAAGCAUUUAGUAUAUAUAUUUAUGUUUAUAAGUGCAUCAAACAACAUGUUUUUUUAAAUGUAGGAUGAUUUUGUAUUUAAAUGAAAAUAUACUUAUCACAAACUCACGCACUAACUAAAUAAUUCCAUCCGUUUCUUAAAUUUUUUUUUGUCUUACUCAUGUUGUAUCUGCUGUUUUUUUCCUGUUAUUUGUAUGUUUUUUUUCCUGUUAUUUAUAUUAUUUUUCCCUGUUAUUUCUAUUGUUUGUGUCAUUUAUAUUGUUUAUUUUAAAUAUUAAGUCUACAUAAAGUACGUUGUUUUUUAGGCACAUUCCCGAGUUAUAUUUUAAAAAUUUAAUCUAAUUUGGUGCACAAUUGCUACAAUUUGCAAAAUUAAGACCCAUAAAUAUUUAGACCUAGUAUAUAAAAUGCUCCAUAAUAAAAGCUACGUACUAAGGGGCACUAAAAAAAAUUUUGCGCAAAAUUAUAACUUUGUGAAAAAUAAAAAUUUUCUACUUGGAUUGCGAAAAGGUGGUUAAUGGAUAAACAAAACCGCUUAGUAUGAAAUGACCUCUUCAUUUUUGCUAUUUCCUGUUUUUAAUAUUUUUACUGUUUCCUAUUAUUAUUUUCA